AUGAACCCUAAGAAAACUAAAUUUAUGAUCCUCACUAAAAGAGAAGAUGUCCAAGCCAAUGUUCUAAUAGAUGAUACACCUAUGGAGAGAGUACAACAAUAUAAAUAUCAAGGCAGUUGGUUGACCGAAAACUUGGAUCAAUCAGCAGAAAUAAAAGCUCGAAUAGAAGGAGCUAGAGCAGCCUUCGUAAAACUCAAAAAAUUAGACAAGAGGAAGUAUGAAUUUAAAAUCUACCUCUCACUGCCUGCGCGCUUGCAUUAUGGUUUGACUAAAACUGAAGUUCGUACUUUAGCAUACCAGUAUGCAAUUGCGAAUAACAAGCCUCAUCCGUCUUCUUGGGACCAAAAUAAAAUAGCUGGCAAAGAAUGGCUGAGGCAGUAUCUUAGAAGACAUGGAGAUUUAUCACUUCGUAAACCCGAAUCCACAAGUUUGGCCAGAUCGACAUCCUUCAAUGCGGCAAACGUAGCUUCUUUUUUUAGGAAUUAUAAAAAAGGCUUGUCUCGUGGAAAUUUUACGCCAGAAAAUUUGGAAUUUGUGACGAGACAGGGGCUAACGACUGUCCAUGUACCACCAAAAAUUAUAGGACCUAAGGGUAUAAAGCAAUUAGGUCAAAUUACCAGUGGAGAGCGAGGUCAAAAUGUAACCUUGAUAGCCUCAAUAAAUGCAAUUGGAAAUCAUCUACCACCAAUGAUGAUAUUUCCGAGGGUAAAUUUCAAGCCCCAUAUGCUAAAAGGUUGCCCAGUUGGAACAAUAGGAGGUGCAAAUCCGUCCGGCUGGUCUAACGAAUCAUUGUUUUUGGAAUUUUUGCACCUUUUCAAAUCAUGUCAACCACUAUUGAAGAUCCGAUUAUAUUAUCAUGGAUAA